CGUGGCUUCCUCACUUUUCCAUUCAUCAUCGUGAACCCGUGAUUCCCCCCAUGAUAAGCCUCAAUUUCCUCCACAUGUGAGUUGGAUUGCCAGGCAAUUAUGACGCCCGGUAUAUACAUUUAAUAUUCCCUAGUAUUGAACAGCUUCCUUGCCUUCCUUUCCUCCCCCGACAAUCUACAAUCGCCAGAAGAUAAUUGCCACAAGACCAUGUCUAUGACCAAUGCUACUAGACUCCUUCCCCAGCACAUACACACUCCAACCAGACCGACAUUCCAUCCCCUCAGCUCUGCGGCACCAUCCGCCACUCUCCAUCGCACAUUGCUGCCAUCAAUAGACCGGUCUUAACCCUCUAAGACUCCAUCUCUAUUGCAACAUACACUUCGGUCUCACUCUGAUAUCCGAUCUCACCAGAUCCACCAAUGGAUCAGAGUCAAGCGGCCGACACCACCUCCGGCACACGACCACUAGGCCAGCAGCAUACGCGCACCUAUCAAGCAUGUAUUCCCUGCCGCCGUCGUAAAGUCCGCUGCGACCUCGGACCCGUCGAUAACCCUCAUGAUCCACCAUGCGUCCGCUGUCGUCGCGAGUCCAAAGAAUGCUUCUUCAGCGCAACACGGCGGAAGCGCAAGACUCAAGAGGAUGACGAGGCAAUGGAUGAAGGCGACCUCUCCGACUACGAGAUCCGAAAUGCUAGGAAACGAGUGCGAGCAGUGACGGACGAAUUCACCCCGAGUCCAUAUCAACCCAACAGCUUCGGUUCUCUUGCUCAGCAGCCGCUGACUCCAGGCGGGUCAACCGCUCGCCUUCAGCCGCUUCGACGGCCGGGUACGUCAGGUAACAAUGACUCACUCGUGGGCCGGGACGAUGAAGACGUUCAAGGCAACGACGAAGCCACGGCCAUACUUCAGACUACGGAGGUAUACAGCGGACACGAUGCCCUCAACCUGCUUUAUCAGGCGGCGCAGAACGGGGAGCAGCGGCCGGACCAUCGGCGCACUGCGAGCAACGCGAGCCUCCAACGGCCUGGCGCGGCUGUCAAUAACACCCCGAGAACCCAAGAGGCUGUUGCAAGCCCUCACGAUCCUGUACCGCAAGUCCCAUUGCGCAAUCCCACCUUUCCUCCCUUUCCCACCGCCCCUCGCCCGAUCCCCGGCUUAGUGGGUGCCCUUCCUACUGAGGAGGCUGCCAUGCAGUCUGCGCUUAGGGCAUGGUCACGUUUCCGUUUCGUGCGAGCUGGCUGGUUCACUGCGAAGGAAGGCAUUCUCUACAUCCAAUACUUCUAUUCGUCCCUCGCUCCGCUGAGCCCCGUGACGGUCCCGGAUUAUAACAACCCGGCAACCCAUAGUCGUAUGCUGGAGAUGGAGCCGAUGCUCACGGUCACACUGCUGACCAUAUCAUCCCGCUACAUGCGUCUUAUGGGUCCAGGGGCGAGCAGCCGUCCCUAUGCUAUUCAUGAGAAGUUGUGGGGUUACCUGCAAGGCAUGAUUGAUCGUCUGAUCUGGGGUCAAGAGCAUUUCGGUAGCGGAAUUAUUGGCUCCUCCAGUGUUCCGAUCACCGGGAGCCAACCGGCAUCAGACAUCAACCCACUGGUCAGAACCGGCCUCCGUACCCUUGGAACCGUCGAAGCAUUGCUGCUUCUCACCGAAUGGCAUCCACGGUCUCUACACUUCCCCCCUGGUACGGAAGGCGACGAGUUGAUGAUCCCCGAAUGUGCCGCAGAACCGGAAGUGGUGGUGGAUGAAGCCCCUCCGCCGGUCUUCCUCAAUGGUACCGGAGGACAGAAAAUGGACAGCUGGCUCGAACCAUGCUGGCGAUCCGAUCGCCUUUGCUGGAUGCUGAUCGGGAUUGCUAUGUCUCUCGCAUACGAGCUUGGCGUUUUUGACCCAAACCCGUCGAGCGACCUCUAUACAAUUCAGGAUAAUCCGACCGUCCCUCCGGAAACCAUCCAAGUAUUCUUUAAUCGUAAACGACACAUCAAGGAGCUCCUUCAAAUCUACAUCAGCCAAACAUCGGGUCGUUUUGGUCUCACUUCCAUGCUUCCGCAAUUGUAUGCCGACUCAUCCCUUCAGCAACCCUCCGAGCAACGCCUCCAAGAGCGCAAGGCGUCCUUGCGCCGUGUCCACGAUCUAUUAGGUACAUUGGGAACUUCUCCAGCACCCACACGACCGGGGUUACCUGAUCCAUCUAACCCUAGUAUCGGGGUGAAUGAAUUAAUUCUCCAUUUCUGGAUAUCCCUUGCUGGCAUCAUGGAGCUGGGGAAUCAUAAGAUGUUCGCGAAUCGCCGCAUGACUCGCGAUCUCAUCAAGUCGGGCGAGUAUGAGGAGCUACUGAAAUCCUUUCAUCCCCUCUUGCUCGAUUGGAAGAAGGAAUUCGACCAGUGCAAGCGGAUUCCGGAGCAUAUGCGGCAUAUCAUGAACAUCGAGUACGAGUAUACUCGUGUCUACCUCAAUAGCCUUGGACUGCAGGCGGUGGUGGAGAGGUGUACCCAUAACACGCCGAUCCAGCAAUAUGCCCAGCCAGCGCAGACGCCACAGGGAAACGGAGAUAAGAAGCCAAUUAAUGGCUCAACCAAUGCAGAAGGCAACGCGAUUCCCCUGACGACGUUGAUGAGGUGGUACGGGAAUGAUCGACAGUAUAUUCGGGAGGUCAUCGAAGCGUGCCGCAAUGUCCUGAAGAUCGUAGUCAGUGGACUGUACCCUGGCGAAUAUCUAAAGCACGCUCCAGUCCGUACCUAUUUCCGAAUCAUUUCCGUCGCCAUCAUUCUUCUCAAGACCUUCGCACUCGGUGCAACCGAGGAUGACGUUGCCCUUUCCCUAUCUCUCCUCGACCAGGCCGUCCAAGCGCUACGAACCUGUAUCGUCGACGACGUCCACGUCUCCAACCGCUUUGCCGACCUCGCCGACCUCCUCACCCACCGCAUCCGCGGUCGCAUCGUCCGCAUGUCGGGUUCCGGCGCCGCCGGCGGCUCCUCCACCCAUUCCGGCAACGGCGUUCCAUCGGGCUUUCCACCCGGCGUCGGCCCCAAUGCGGGGACCGCGAGCCCGCACCCUUCGAAUAUGCCCCCGCCAAACCUCUCCCACGGCUCCACCGGCCUCGGCGGCAGGAUCACGGCCGGCACGACGCCACAGUGGAGUGGCAUGGGGUUAUCACCCAGCUCGCCAGCACUCAGUCUCAGUGGUCGAAAUCAAAACAGCCAGACCCUAUGGGGCAUCACGACCGAAUCUACGGAUUUCGAGCAUAGCGGCAUCAACAUCAUGCCGCCGCCCAGCUUCGGCGGCGCGUUCGGCCUCGACCUCGGCUCCGGCAUGCCGGACAUCGGCACGGGGAACGGGUUCGGCGGCGCGGGGAUGAACAGCGCGGGCAGCGGCGACAGCGCGAGCGGGACGGGGGGGACCGCGAACGAUGAAAAUAACGUCAUGGGCGACUUCGGGCUCGGGGGCCAGGAUUGGCUGGCGCUGCCGCUGGAUCCGAUCUUGAGUAGUUAUGGGGCGGAUGUCACGCAGACAACGUAUGGGCCGGAUAUUGGCGGGUAUGACAUGCUGGAUGUGUUGUUGCGCGGGGGG